AUGUCUUACCAUAUGACACCCAAAGCAGGACCUUCAAGCGGUAUGUAUAAUGAGAGCUGUAGUAAAGGAGAUGUGUCAGUCACUACUGUCAUAACCAUGACAGUGGGCAUUGUCUCCAACACUCUGGCUCUCUUCAUCGUUCUCAAAGCCUAUCGGCGGUUCCGUCUCAAGUCCAAAGCUUCCUUCUUGUUCUUUGCUAGUGGUCUGGUGCUGACUGAUCUUCUCGGACAUGUUAUGAAUGGCUCCCUGGCCCUAUAUGUAUAUGCCUCAGGCAAAGACUGGGAGAGCUUUGACCCCAAGAAGGUUCUUUGUGGGUUCUUUGGUGUUUGCAUGGCUUUCUUUGGUCUGAGCCCCCUGCUGCUUGGAAGCAUUAUGGCUGUGGAGCGCUGUAUGGGAGUCACUCGGCCGCUCUUUCACUCUAUGGCUUUGACCUCUAACCGUGUGAACAGACUGCUGGCACUCACUUGGCUCCUGGCUCUGCUGGUGGCCCUGCUACCAGUGCUAGUGCAGCGGCCCUAUCAGGUUCAGGGGUCCCGUAGCUGGUGCUUCUUCCGCAUGGUUGGGUCACGUGAUUGGCUGGACAUUCUCCUCCCCAUGAUCUUCUCUGUGUUGGGAUUGCUGUCUCUCCUUGUCUCGUUUGUGUGCAACACUGUGACAGGAUUCACUCUUCUGUGGUCCAGACUGCGCAGUGAACAUGACUGCCACCGCCAUCACAGAAGCUCCAUCCAUUUUGAGAUGGUCUGCCAGCUCCUUGCUAUCAUGAUUGUGUCCUGCAUGUGUUGGGGGCCUUUGCUGGUCACAAUCAUUAUCAUAACCUCGCAAGAGCAAAGGCAAGAUGCAAACGGUCACCUGCUACUGACUGUGCGCCUGGCCACGUGGAAUCAGAUUCUUGAUCCAUGGGUGUACAUUCUUCUGCGCAAGGCUGUCUUGAAGAGGCUUCUCCUGCUGGCACAGAGGUGCCACAGCCCACGUCCAAAACACGCCUUUGGGUGGAGGUUUAGUACUCUGGGGAGUUCUGUGGAGACCAGCAGCUCUGUGAACAGCAAACCAGACUUCAUCUGCUUGGAUGGUCAAUUCCUGCCAGAUACUCUCUUGAGACCCAUUGGGCACUUCCCUUGA